AUGGAGAAGCCGUCGUCGCCGACUCUUGUGGAGAAUGCUCCGACUCGCGCCAAUGACGAGGACCUCCCCGUCACAGAAGUCUCAUGGCUUGAAGCUAAACUCAAGCCAAAGAGCGUACACGCUCGUUAUCCUUUUAAAGGAAAAGCUCUUCUCUGGAUGACUUGUGCUUUCGGAAGUCUUGGAGAUGCCUUGUUUGGCUAUGAUCAGGGUAUCGUGGCCGGCCUCCUAGUUAACCCAAUUUUCCUCUCGCGAUUUUUCGCCGAUUAUGGCGGCGCGGACGGGACGAGCGACAACAUAGACCCUUCUAUCACGGGAAUUCUCGUGGCAUGUCUUCAGGUCUCGGCGGCUCUGGGCUCCCUUGUUGCCGGUAGCCUUGGAGACAUGAUAGGGCGAAAGAGAUGUGUUCGAAUCGGUGGCUUCAUCUACUUUGCUACUGCCUUCAUCCAGGCUUUUGCCCCUGGCUUCAAGACAUUCGUUGCUGGUCGUACUCUGCAGGGCCUGGGCGUUGGCUUCCUCUCUAUGACUGUUCCUGUCAUUCAGACUGAGAUUGCCGCCCCGCAUCGCCGCGGCUUGAUGGUUGGCGUUGAAUACACAUUCCUUAUUGGUGGCUACGCACUUUCGACCUGGGUCGACUUUGGCUUCUACUUUGUCAUUCCCAAAACUGAGUCGUGGCAAGGGCCUUACUUUAUCCAGAUGGGCCUUGCUUUUAUCCUCUUCUCCAUGUCCUUUAUUCUUCCCGAAACUCCCCGUUGGCUGGCGCGCAAUGGCUUUGCAAAAGAAUGUCUCCAGACCGUCGCGGAUCUGCACACACCAGACGGCAACACACAGGCCGAGCAUGUCCAGCAGGUAAUGUUGGAGAUUAAAGAGGCAGUGCGCUACGAAGCUACCUUGGAGAAGUCAACCUGGUUAGAGAUGUUCACCCGUUAUCGAAAACGUACCAUUGUUGGUAUUACGGCACAGAUGUUUGCUCAGCUCAACGGCAUCAAUGUCAUUUCGUUUUACCUUCCCACUACCCUUGCUAAGGCGGGCAUGAGCCAGGAAAAGUCCUUACUCUAUACGGCUGCUAAUUCCAUUCCCUAUGUAGCUGCCACCAUUCUUACUUGGUGGCUAGCCGAUAGAUGGGGACGACGUCCGCUCCUCAUUCUCGGUGGUAUUCUCAUGGCUAUGGCCCUCUGCAUCGUUUGUGCGUUUACCGAGGCCCAUGCCCUCGACAUCAACACCCGGGCCCAUGGCAUAUAUGCCUUCGUGGUCAUUUACAAUGCCAUCUACGGCUUCACCUGGGGUCCAAUUCCCUGGCUGCUACCUGCCGAGGUCUUCCCCCUUCGCGCUCGAAGCAAAGGCAUGGCACUUGCUACGUGCUCCAACUGGCUAUUUAACUUUGCCAUCGGUAUGUCGGCGCCAGAUGCAUUCAGGGGAAUUGGGGGAUACUACUAUGUCAUCAUUGCGGGCUUUUGUCUGGUUUCCGUUGGUCUUGCAUACUUCUACUAUGUUGAGACUGCAGGCCAUACACUUGAGGAAAUUGCAUUGGCGUUUGGUGACAAGGCGUUUGUAGAUGAUGAUAGUGAGGUGGUCCAGGCAGCACAUUUGAGACGAGACGACGCCGUUAAGUCGGUUAUGGCAUAA